AGCAAAGCAAGAUUAGCUGAUUAGCUGUCAGUUAAGUUUUUGAAGAAAUCAUAACACUCUUUGGAUUGCAAUUUUAGCAUAAUUUAGGAUUUUUCAUUUGCCAUCAUGGCCAUCUUUUAUCAGUUACACCUCUGUGAGAUUUUGGGAAAUCUUUUCUAAUAUGUGUUUGGUUAAUAAUGUCUGUUCAUGUAACAAUUCAUCCAAUCGGUAGCAGCAGUAUUCUUCUGAAAGAUGUGGAAGCUGCGAAGAAAGAUGAAUACAACCGAAGAAGGCAAAUGCGAAUCAAACAAGUUCGUGAGCAGUCGAAAGAUGCUGCUAACCGAAUUCGCUCCAGUGUGAACGCUGAGAAAGAAAAUCGGCAAAUGGCUGAAGAAAAAUUACACGAUGCAUUGCUGAAAGAAUGGCAGUUGAAGAAGAUAGAGUCAUUGGAGAAGCAGUUCAAAGAAUGUUUGGAAGAAGUGAAACGCGCAGAGCAGAAAGCUCAAGAAGAGCGAGAAAUGCAAGCAAUUAUGAAAGAGAGGAGAGAAAGACUUGCCAAAGUGGCAGAACAGCGGGGGAAGGAAGCGAUGGACUUGGUUCGCAAAACCUCUCUUCAUCAAGAAUCAGAAAAAUUGAAAGCCGAAAAAGCCAAGCAUUUUAAGAAAACUGUAGAAGAUCUCCGCUCUAGUCUUGUUUCAACCUUACCGCAUCCAAAACAAUCUAGCAAAAGGAUUAGUCCCAAGAAAAGAUUGGAAAAAUCUGUUAGCAAAACUUUAAACAUAAGUAACAAGAAAUGUCAAACGUCUCCAAUAAACGCAGAGUCACUAUCAACAGUUGAUUUGAAUAACAAAGACACAACAGGACAAGAAAGCCGUACACAGGGUGUAGGACAGCCCUCUCCACAGAAAAGAAAACGUAUCAUCACUGGUCAAAGAGAUCAAGGGCCUAGCAACAUCUCUCAUAAAUCUUGGACUCCUCCUGUCCAAGUAGGUUCAUCCUCUGUCACAAAAAAACCUAGGAAAGAAUCAUCUUCUAAGAAGCCUCGGAGAGUCAUCCAUUCCUUCCAACGAGGCUGUUCAAGUGGCAUCUCAACUAGUGGUCUAGAUCUUGCCAAAAAAAAGUAUGAACAAUUGAGUAAUGCUGCAAGAAUCUUGGAAGAGAGUGUCAAAAGUGCGGAAACGAGCCCUGGCAUGAAUAAAGAUCUUCAUCGUUUGGUCAAAAAAUUUGGUUCACUAGCAGAACAAGAAAAAUAUCUACGUAAUCAGCUCCUGUCUCAAGUUCAGCAAAAUAUUCAGCCAACUGCUCGGACUGAAACAACUGGAAAACCCCGUAAAAGAUAUGAAAAUUAUUCUUGCUGGGUCAAUCAGAAUAAACAGUUUGUAGAGCGGACUAUCAACCAAGCUUCUCAAACAGCUUACUCUGAGCACGGUGCCAAUCAAAGUUUCUCCUCAGACUCCGCAUGUGGUAGGGGUCUCUCGAUCAUAAACCAAAACGGUGCUGAAAGUCCUUUCCUGGAUGUAGGACGAGUGAAGAAAAAUACCAAAGAGGAAAACGAUUUUUGCAGCAGUUGUAAAAAAUAUCUUCAGCAUUCUUGUGCAGAUCACUCAACAACUGUCACAGAAUCUGUGAGUAAUUCCUCGUCAUUGACAUACAUGUCUGUUUCAAGAUCAAUGAUAGAUAGUAACAAUUCCUCCGAAACAACAGUAGAGGGUGUCAAAGUAGUAGUCAAACUGAAAGGGCAAAGGCAUACAGUUAAAACCACCAAACUCGGAAAACCUGUCCAAGUUAAAAAGAAAAAACUGAAAAAACCAGAGAAACCAAAACUACCAAAAUCCCGUCAAGCUCACAGUGGAUCAGGCUCAGUGACAUCUUACAUGAGUCCCCCGGACAGGGUCGUGGAUGAAAAUCAUGAAAUUCUCCACAGGGCAAUAAGGAAGAUGACAAAGUGUUGUGAAAAUAUCAAUCUCAGCUAUGCUCAGGAAGGAGGAUACCCCAAAAAGCAAGACAAGCAAGUUCAAAGUGGUGAUAGUCUGAAGGCAUGGAAAACAAAACACACCUCACAUGAGCCUGAUAAGACCUCUAAACCAGAAGUUGUUCUCGUUGACUCUGAUCAAGAAUCUGAAACACAGGAGUCUUCAUUUGGUUCAGAUGGAGCUUGCAGAACAAAAAGUGUAACAAGUAAGGCAUCUAAACGGCAAGAUGAUAAAGGCAAGGAUCCAAAUCAGCGAGAUGCUUUGCGCAAUGUGAGCAAUGUAUCGAAAGAAAGAGGUAUCCCAUCUAAUGUAGAUAAGGCUUCAAAAUCCCUGGAUAUUUCACCCGAUGUGAUCAAGGCAUUCAAAUCGUACUUCGGCCUCCCUGAUUCAGGUGGGUCAUCAAAACUACCCGAAUUCUUCUUUUUACUAGAAUUAUUACCGCAGUUAGAAGACACUCUCUCCAAACCAUCAGGAGCAGAAAAAAAGGCAGGACCAGUUAAAGUAACAAAACUGCAACAGUUUCUUCGUCAGUUAGACGAGCUAUUAAAUUUCCAAAGCUGUAAAAUUCCUCCUCAUUCAGCACAACUAUCCGAAACACAAGAUUCCCAACCUCCUCCAAACAGACAAGCUAUUUUAUCACCGGCAGAUGAGCAUGAUCACGAGGAUUCAGACCAAAGCAAUGAAAGUCAUCAAACAUCUCAAAGCCAAGACAAUUCUGACUGGCAUGAUGACAUCCGGAGACUGUCUCAAAGUCAAGAAUCUAAAAAGAAGGAUGUCUCCUCAGUAACACCCCAAAAUUUUAUCGUCCAUUCGUCCCUGCAGGAGCCAGCAGAGCGUGGACAGACGGAGCAAUUAAUAGAUUACUAUUGCAAUGUUGCCGACAAGUACACAGACGUUAUAAACAAUAUUGUUGGUGUUUUAAAUCAAAGCACUCGCACUGAAUCAAUGAACUCGAGUUCAACCUCCCAUCGCAGUCCUCCUCCUUGGUAUGGCGACUCAAUUCGCUUAAGUGAAUCGCUAAAACAGCUAACAUCCAUGUCAAAGCAACCGACAUCGUCAUUAAAACAGCCACAAUUACCGAUCACCUUUCAGCCGCCCGUCACAUCCAGUCCUGACAAAGGAUCAGCAUCUAAGGACUCAUCUUUUGUGGAGAAAGUAUGUGAAACGAUAAGGGGAAGUUUAAAACAGUCAGGUGGAGUGUUGUUCUCCUCAAACUCAAAUCCUCCUAAAUUCUCCUUACGCGAUGAUGAGGGAAGUUUGACGGAUCAAUCAACUUCGACAGAAACGAUGGAGAGCAAUUCCUCUGCUCCUAGUUUCGAGCGGCCCCAUGGGAACUUCACUUUGGAUGUAUCCUCAAUCACCUCAGAAGAGAAUGGAAAUGGGCAACCAGUAUUUUCCUCUGAAGUCUCACCAAAAUCUGAUGAACAAUCACAGCUCCUCGGAAGGAAUGACCCAACUCAAGUUUCUGCGUCAAAUAAUAAUCGGCGCAUCCGUGUUGCAAAAGAUCUCUCAACGAUCAUCGAAGUUGACACACCAUCAACCACUCAGCAAACAACCCUCCAAGAAGGUCCAAGCACAUCGAAACCAAGUAAGAGAAAACCCCAGGAGUCACCCGAUACCUCUCUCCACCACACGGUUCAAAGACAACAGGCCUUGCUGCAGAGUAGGAUAGAAACAUUACAACAGCAGAUAGAUGAGUUGAGUAAAAGUUGCAGUGCUGAUACCAGUGCUGAGCUCAAGAGAUUAGAAAAGUCAUCACGAGGCUCCCCAUCGGUUAAACAGAAAUCAGCCUCGGAUGGUCACCAUACAAGCACUGAAUCGGAACUUCCAGACAUAGUUGACGAGCUCUUGAAAAGAGGUUUAAUAUCCAGUCCAUUUCCAUGGCUGAAGGAGUUAAAAGAUAAAUAUGGCAACGACAAAAAUACAACAGUAAGGAGAAGCAAGAAAGGAACAACGUCAGAAUCUGAUUCAACUCCGUUGAUUAACGAAGAAUUGGAAAAUAUCCUUCGAAAUGACUUAUCUCCAACAGACUUAGAAAAAGUCUGUAAGAACUUGGGUAGCAGCUGGGCACUGUCUACGUGGAAAAAAAUUGCUGAAACAUCCCGUUUGAACUCCCUCUCUAGCUCCGACAGUAGCCCAGCAGAAAUGAAGAAAAAAUCAGAUGUUAGUGAUGGCCGGGCUCAUCUCAGAAACACUCCAAAACACUCCACCCCCAUCAAGCAGAAACCCAAUGGUCGUUCUUCAGGAAUUGCACCCUCACCCGGUGAUUCGAAUGGUCUGUCACCGGAGAUUUUUUUUCAACAGGAUCGCAGCGGAAUUUCCACAAUCAAAGAUUCAGAAAGUGAUGUGUAUGAUUUGACACCUCCUGACGUAGCCCUCCAUAGGCCGCAAUUACUGACGAAAAGUAAGAAGGAGUGGAACUAGUAUUUUUAAGCUCAUUACAAUGUUAAACAUUAUUAUCUUCUCAGCGCACCACCGGAAUGAUAAGUUGAUAUUACGUGUAGAAGAACAUUUAAGAUUUUUACUAGGAGGGAAGAACUAAAAGACUCCAAUUUUUUAAACGUAUUUAUUUAAUCUUUUUUCAAUUUUUCCCCAUACUUUAUCACAAGAAUAACAAUUUAAUGCCUAAAAUGAUGCCUAGAAUCCGCUUAUGAAAUGAAGGUAUCAUCUUAGAAUAAAUUUUUCAUCACUGAAAAAAGAAUUUCGUCUGGAGCCAUGCAUAAUAUGAUUCUUAAAAAGAACAUGCUAUUCUUUGAAACUGAGGUUUGAGCGCCAUGUUUUUCAGUAUCAACAUCAUAGUAAUAUGUCCUAUUUUUGUGCUCUUCAGACGCUUAGUCAUAAUUUUUGGCAUUAUGUUAAAAAAUUGUUAUUAUAACUUAUCCUCUAGAGGCGUCAUAACCUCAUUCACUAUAAAUUAGGACCUUGCCUCCUCCAAAUUCAGGGAGCAACAUCCCAAUGUUUUGCAGGAAUAUCCGGCGAUGUUUGAGGUCUGUAGGCAUGGCAAGGCAAGUUUGGGCAUGAUAAUCACAAAUCAGAAAAUACAGGUCUAUUUUGUUUUUCUAAAAUUAUGAGGAUAAAAGUACAAACCAGCAUGAAGAAAACCUGCAAUUGUGUAGGUAUUGAAACUAAUCAGAACUGAAAAUUUAAACAUUAGCCCUUUUAUGUAAAUUAAUUUUAUUGUUGUUGUGAAUAAUGUAAUUGAUUCCCAAAAAUGAACUUUACUCUCUGCAAAAGUAAAAGUAGGUAGGUAAAGGGUUAUUUACAUCAGUUGUCUGUAAAGUAGUACGACUGGUUCUGGUAGGAGCAAGCAAAUGAAGUAUGCAAAAUGCGAUUCGUAUAACCCUGAAGAAUUACUCAUAUUAGCCUUAAAACAAGCUCUCUUUGAACUUAUUUGGUUAAAAAUCACAUGAGUCUUGAUAUGUUAAAGAGCAUUUGUUGAGGGACUUGCAAAUUUUCCAAUAGUUCCUAAGGGAAAAAAGUGACUUUCGAAUCAAGAUUUAAAAUGAAUAUGUACAUUUUUACUUGAAGAUCUUCACAAGCAGAUCUCUUACCAACAAAGAAAUAAUACCUAAAACAAGAAUUUCCUACAAUCGAGUAUCUUUUCUUUUUAAAGAUAUUGAUUAUCACACAUCAAAUGCAGACACAUUCUCUUCACCCAUUUUUCAAGCAUGGUCUAUCUGAAAUUUUCCUCUGUAAAUGUCUUGAAAAAUAUGAUCAAAGUCACAUGACACUAUACCGUGCAACUGUCAGAUUUUCCCAAAGCCAAAAAAAAAUCUGAGAGGUAGUAGAUUUGUGUGGUGUAAGGAUAUUAAAGAGGCAACGAAAAUGUUCUGCAAGAAAAAGCAAGGAAAAAGCCCAUCAAAAAACGAUCUUUAAAGUGUGAAAAGUCUGGCAGUAUUGGGCCGGACAAGCUUAAGGAGAGGUUGUCUGAAAGGAAAUGAGUAGCUUUCCCGGGCUGUACCAAUUGAAUUUUACAAGCUUUAUUUUUGCAUGCCCAUGAGUUUUAGUUGCAUUUCUGCACUGACAACAACCUGUGUACAAAAAUUUCUUUGUCGCUUACCAUAGGAAUCUUGUUAGUAGCAUCUGAAAGAAAAAAGCUCUUAAUUUUCCCAAUGUUAUAGUGUCCCAACCUUAACCAAAAAUGUCUAUGCAUUAAUGAAUUCUAAUCCAUUGUUGGCCCUCUUCUUCUUUUCUUUCUUUCCUCAUAUUUUGACUCGAUUUGAGCUUAAUAGUCUCAAUUCUUUUCUAUUUGGAGCAGAAAAGAUUACUAUGAGUAACUAGGAAACCAAUUAACUGUUUAAAUUUAAAAUUAUUCAUUGGUCCCUGCAAAGAGGUUUUUUUCUUGAAUUUAGACUCAGGAACAUUUAUUCUGUUCUCAUGAAAAAUGAGGGGCCUCAAGAUUUUAUCUUCCAAGAGUCCGUCAAAUUAAAAAAAAUUGUUUUGCAUGACUUUAGCUAAUCCAUUGUAUAUAAUGUAAAGAUUCAAACGCAAUAAGUAAUGUAAAUACACAAGCAAUGUUACAUAGUUUGGAAAGUGUAAAGAUGUAUUUCCAUGUUAUUGUUUUUUAUACUAUAUGUCUAAAUCGAUUAAAUCUUUAUUUUGCCAAAAAAAAAAAAAA